AUGAAUUCUGAUUCUUCUCGCUCGGCUAAUUCCUCCAGCCACAGAUCCAAGCGAAUUAUCGACAAUUCAUCUCCGUCGAACCCUUCCAGUAGCGGUGGCAACAAGAAGAAACGGAUCAACCAGAAAACCCUAGGCGUCGCAUGGGGAGCCAAUUCCAUUUCAGCCUCUCGCUUCUCUCGCAAUUCCCCGUUUUCAGAUUUCGGAAGUUACAUGGUAGAAAAGACCAGGAAACUGCAUAAUCAGUUUAAUGUUGAUGCUUCAAGUGCUUCACAUAGUGGUGCGAACUCAGGAAAUCAAAUAUUUCAGGGCGUGUCUAUCUUUGUUGACGGUUUCACGAUUCCUUCCAGUCAGGAAUUGCGGGGUUAUAUGUUGAAGUAUGGUGGAAGAUUUGAGAAUUAUUUUUCAAGACGUAGUGUUUCUCAUAUAAUUUGCAGUAAUUUACCGGACAGUAAAAUAAAGAAUCUCAGGUCCUUCAGCGGUGGACUCCCAGUUGUGAAACCCACAUGGAUCUUGGAUUCUGUUGCUUGUAAUAAGCUAUUAAGCUGGGUUCCUUACCAACUUGAUCAGCUUGUAAGUAAUCAACCAAGAUUAUCAGAAUUCUUUUCUAUGAAAAAAGGUCCAACGCUGGAGAAACCCAAAAUUUGCAUGACUACUGAAAAGAAAUAUGGAACAGAGGAUUCACUGUCCCCGGUGGCUGUAAAUUUAGAGGAUACCACUUCAUCUGAAGUGACUGAACAGAUAGAAUAUAGAGCAGAAAUGCAUUCUGACUCUGAAAUGAACCUUCAAGAUAAUGCAGAUGCUGAACUGAAUGAGAAGUCAAGUGAUGAUUUAGAGGCUACCAAACUAAAGGAUACAAAUAUAUCCGAUGUAGAUGCAUCUAUUGAAUAUAAACCACAAGUUUGUGAAAGUUUUGAGAUGUGUCCUCGAAAGGAUGCUGAUGUAGAAGUACAGAAAUGGCCAAGCUAUGAAAAAUGUAAUUAUGCAGAUGAAGAACCAGGAGUUGUUGAUGUGGGUCAGAGCAGUGAAGAAAAUACAUCUAGUUUGCAUGGUUUGUCUGCAUCAACUCACAAUGGUAGUACCAAUAAUGAUCAUAGUGAUGGAUCAUCAAGUUCUAUGGUGGCUGGGUCUUCCAAGCUGCAGCAUUCAACUCUUGGAAAUCCAGAUUUUGUUGAAAAUUAUUUCAAGAAGUCAAGGCUGCAUUUCAUUGGAACUUGGAGAAAUCGUUAUUAUAAGCGUUUUCCACGAUCAGCUAAUGGGUCCAGUUCUGUGAUUUCUCAUAUGAAUGGUUCUUCCCAUUAUCAGUCUGCCACUAUUAUCCAUGUUGACAUGGACUGUUUCUUUGUCUCGGUGGUUAUUCGAAAUAUUCCGGAAUUUAAGGAUAGGCCGGUAGCUGUAUGCCACUCAGAUAAUCCUAAAGGAACUGCAGAAAUUUCCUCUGCAAACUACCCAGCUCGAGGUUAUGGAGUCAGAGCGGGAAUGUUUGUUAGGGAUGCAAAGGCUCUUUGUCCUCAUCUUGUUAUUUUUCCAUAUGACUUCAAGUCCUAUGAGGAGGUAGCUGAUCAGUUCUAUGACAUAUUGCAUAAGCAUUGUGAGAAAGUGCAGGCCGUAAGUUGUGAUGAAGCAUUUUUGGAUAUCUCGGGCACGAACAGGGUAGAUCCUGAGGUCUUGGCUUCAAAAAUAAGAAAAGAAAUUUUUGAUACAACAGGAUGUACUGCAAGUGCUGGAAUAGCUACUAAUAUGCUAAUGGCUCGCCUUGCCACCAGAACUGCAAAACCUGAUGGUCAGUGUUACAUUCCUUCAGAGAAGGUUGAUGAUUAUUUAGAUCCACUUCCCAUUAAGGAUCUUCCUGGAAUAGGGCAUGCCUUAGAGGAGAAGUUGAAGAAAAGAAGUGUUUUGACUUGUGGUCAGCUGCGUAUGAUAUCCAAGGAUUCUCUUCAGAAAGACUUUGGAUUAAAAACAGGGGAGAUGUUAUGGAAUUAUAGUCGGGGGGUGGACAAUCGUGCAGUUGGGUUGGUUCAGGAAAGCAAAUCCAUAGGAGCUGAAGUGAACUGGGGUGUUAGGUUCAAGGACUUCAAAGAUUGUCAAUGCUUUCUCUUGAACCUUUGUAAGGAGGUUUCAUUACGGCUGCAUGGAUGUGGAGUGCAGGGACGUACCUUUACCCUCAAGAUAAAAAAACGAAGAAAAGAUGCUGAUGAACCUACAAAGUAUAUGGGUUGUGGAGAUUGUGAAAACCUGAGCCAUUCAUUGACGGUUCCUGUUGCCACAGAUGACCUGGAAAUUCUUCAAAGGAUUGUAAAGCAGCUUUUUGGGGUUUUUGUCAUAGAUGUCAAAGAAAUUCGUGGUAUUGGUUUACAAGUUUCGAAGCUUCAAAAUGUGGAUAUCUCUAAGCAAGGGAUGAAAAGAAAUUCUUUGGACUCGUGGCUUAGUUCAUCUGCAACUACAAAUGUAGAAAAUAGUACUGGUCCUUUAUUAAAGGAAAGGGCUAAUAUAGAUAAUGAGAAACAGAGUGACGCUGGAACUUCAGAUCAGUUAUCUGCUGAUCCUAUUAGCCAUCUGAUUCAGAUGGAGAAUCACCAGCUCCAUCGUGAAGCUUUGAACCCGGUUUCAGCUCCACCUCUGUGCAAUCUGGAUAUUGGAGUUAUAAGAAGCCUACCUCCUGAACUCUUUUCCGAGUUAAAUGAAAUCUAUGGUGGGAAACUAAUUGAUCUUCUAGCUAAAAGCAGAGACAAAAAUGAAUUUUCCUCCUCUUCUAAAAGGGUUCCAUCUCAAGGAUCAGGAGGUGAUGGACUUACUUUAUCGGAUAUCCAAGGAAACAAAAUACAGUCGGAAAAUAAGCAUAUUGUUGGUCGUUCACCACCUGCACAAAUUUCUGGGGAAGGAUUGUGCAAUUUGGUGACUCCUCUUCCCACCUCUGGAUCUCAUAUAAUUGAUUUACUACCUUCAUCUCUAAGUCAAGUAGAUCCAUCCGUAUUGCAAGAGUUACCUGAAUCACUGAGGGCUGAUAUACUUAAGCAACUCCCAGCACACAGGGGAAAAGAGCUUUCUUUGGAACAUUCAGUAAAAAAUCAUCAGGAAUCAGGCGGUGCUAUUGACAAUACAUCUGGCUUAGUCGAUUCUUUUAUGGAGAAUGAUCUUUGGUUUGGGAACCCACCUCUAUGGAUUGAUAAAUUUAAAGCCAGCAAUUGUUUGAUAUUAAAGCUUCUUGCAGAGAUGUAUAUAGAAUCAGGGUCACCAGGAAAUCUAUAUGGGAUUUUGCUAAGGAUUUUAUCUCAAUCUUGGCAUCAUUCAGCUGCAGAUUCUGAUAGUUGGGAUGGCGCUAUCGAUGGUUUGUGUGAACUUCUUAAGCAGUACUUCAAGUUGAAGAUAGAGCUGGACAUUGAGGAGACCUAUGUUUGUUUUCGUCUGCUUAAGAGGUUAGCAAUGAAGUCCCAGCUGUUUUUGGAAGUCUUCAACACUAUUGAUCCUUACCUUCAGGGGGCAGUUAAUGAAAUCUACGGCGGAAGUUUGAAGGUGUAGACCCUUAGUUUUUUCUUGACCAGUGGCGUUGAGAUGGAAAUGUUAAAUGUUCACAAAUUGGAAGUGCCACCACUCUAUCAAGCGCGGUAUAAGAUAAGAAAAGCAUCCGUCUGAAAUUUCCUUUGGCAUGGCAGUAAAGACAGGCGGUUUCCAUCUCACUUAAUGAAAAGAGGUUAAACUCCCUAUUGAAGAAGGUGGUCUGGGCAUUGUGGAUUAAAGCACAAGAAUCAAGCCCUUCUAGCAAAGUGGAUUUGGCACUUCCAAGCUAUAAAGGGCCACCUUGGAGAAGAGUUAUUGCUGUCAAAUAUAGUACCUCCCCCUUCAAACACAAGUCCGGUUGCACAGCUAUUAAGUAUUGAUAUAGUUAAAUUUACCAUAACUCACAAACUUAAGUUUUUGGGUUGAGUGGUGAUUUACCAUGGUAUCAGGACAGGAGCAGAAGGUCCUCUUCGAAUUCUUGUAAUAUCAUUUCCACAAAAACGAAUCACUUUACAAAAUUUCCUUGGAAAUCCAUUAUGAAGUAUUGAGACUACGAUGGAUACCCUUGCAAAAUUGGAAAUAGACCCAUGCACCUUUUGGUUGGACUCUUGGAUCGACACGGCCCACCUUUAUGCCGUCUAUUCCUUUACUGUAUUCUCUGUUCAAUAAAAAAGAGAAGCAUCCAUCCGAGAAGCUUGCAAUAAUUCUUCUUGCUGGUAUUUAGGCUUAAGGAGGAACCGAAUGGAAGAAGAAAUCAUAGCAUUGGCGUCGUUGUCACGCCUCCCAUCAGCCAGGUAUUUAUCCACUCGGGAGAACCUUUAGGUUUUGAAAAAGGAAUUAAAUGGAACUUUCACAACCAUUCUAUAACUCCAGACCUUGCUUCUAUGGCCCAAAAUACAUAACAUCAACUUAUUUGGAGAUUUGGAGGGGAAAGUGUCCAAGGAAGUUGAGAUCUUUAUUUGGAACUUAGCCACUUAUGCGUCAGCAACACUUAAGACAAAUUACAAUUCAGAAAUCUUUGGGUCUCUCUCUCUCUCUCAGCUGGUGCUCUUCAUGUAAAAACACAUCAUCCUUUCAUCAGUUGCCCUUUCGCUUCCAUCUUUGUCUUCCUCUGGCUGGUCUAUUGCUAUACGAGGAGAGUUUCUGGCUGAUUCUUUCGGUUCUGCCUUGUCGUCAUCCCUUCAAAAAUCAAAGAGGCGAAAGUAGAAGUUCCAAGGAGCAACCUCACUAGAGACUUUCCAAUGGUCAAAUUGGACUUAAAGGAACAAUUCAGACUUCCAGUGAUAGAAAAUACUUAAUAGUAUCAAUGGCUUUAUCUUGGUGUAAAAAUUAUUGUUGCUUCUGCAAUUAUGGUUCAUCGUCCCUCAAUUCCCAUUGGAAAAGUUUUUUCCUUUUUUUUUUUUUUGGUAAUCAUGUGGUUGAGGCUUCCCUUCUAGAGGACAUUUCUCUCCAAAAACUAUUAGUACUAAUUAUAACUGUAUCUUAGAAACUGCAGCUUUUAGAAGGACGGGAUGUAAUUAUUUUGCACCUAGAGACUAUUGUUAAUUCUUCCAUAUAGUAGACCAAUUUACAAAAGAACUGCACCUCGUGCUGAGAAACUCAAUAAUAGAUGGUAUUGUUAAAGUGUUAUCAUAAUUCA